AUGGAUGGUCAAACCUCGAAGAAGACGAAAACGCAGAGGAAGACGAAAAAGAAGGCGAAAGCAGAAGAAGAAGACGAAGAAGCUCAAAGAUGGCGGCGCACAUUAAACGCGUGGCUUGCGUUCUCUCCUUGGAGAGAAACGCGUUGCUCAGGGGUUGCGUUCACACGGUAGAGACCAAAAGGUACGUCCGUGGAUUGAGAAGGAGACCUGUUCAAGUCUUAUUCCCCGACAGUAAGACAGGUAAGACCCCCCAGUCGCCCCAGUCUGGAGGAGACAGGCGGAGCAUCGGGAAGCAGGGAGACCCCAAACCCAGCUUCAAGGCGGAAACGUGCGAUGGUAACGCUAAGUGGACGAGCAUCGGAAGCGACCCGUCGUCUACAGCGGAGCAGCGUGUACAGGUCGAUGCGAAGCAGCAAGUCGGGGGGCUUCACUUCGAAAGGGCUUUCCACGGGGACAAGAGGCUGUCGAGAGUGGUGAGCAUUGCCCAGUCAAGGACGUUUCGAGAACAACAGGGAAAAAUCCUGCUGGAGGGGAAGCGCUUGAUCUGUAGCGCACUGGAGGCUGGUGCAAACCCGCAAAUGUUGUUUUUCAGCACAGUGGAUCGUCUUCGUGAGCUGCCCCUAGACAAGCUGAAGAGGGCAACUCUAGUCAAAGUCAAGUUCGAGGACAUCAAGCUGUGGUCCAAGCUUGUGGCCCCGCAAGGAGUGAUAGCUAUAUUUUCUCGACCUGACCCAUCACGGAUGAGAUUCCCUGAAAUAGAGCAGCUGGUGCCAUUGUCUCUGAUAUGUGAUAACAUCCGAGACCCUGGUAACCUAGGCACUAUCUUACGAUGUGCUGCCGCCGCUGGGUGCCAGGAUGUCCUGCUCACUAAGGGUUGUGUGGAUGCUUGGGAGCCUAAAGUGUUGCGUGCAGCAAUGGGAGCCCAUUUUCACCUCCCCAUUUACACCAGCAUGGGCUGGGAUGAAGUUGAAAGCCACCUUCCUAAAACUGUGACCGUCCAUGUAGCUGACAACUUCAGACACUCUGACAGGACCCUCUCUCUAGAGGAGACGCAAGUUAACCUACACAACAAACACUCCAAAGCAGGAGACUAUGGAUGGGUCAGCACCAGGCCAAAUCCCAAAAACGUGCAAUAUGAGGAGUAUGACUCCGAUUCUGAAUCAUAUUCAGAUCAUGAAGCUCCUAAACUCUCUCUUCCCAGAGUGGACGUUAAGCUGUACCAUGAGAGGUGGGCUCAGAGGCCCACCGCCCUCGUGAUUGGCGGCGAGACACACGGCUUGAGUGUGGAAGCAGUUGAGCUGGCUGAGAAAACCACUGGUCGAAGACUCCUGAUUCCUGUGGUUCCCGAAGUGGACAGUUUGAAUUCAGCCAUGGCAGCCAGUAUUCUUUUGUUUGAGGGCAGGAGGCAACUGUUGAACAUCAAAGAAACACCUGCGCGGAUCAGGAAACCCAAAGCACAGAAACAGUCACAAUGAUUUUCACUGGAAAACAUUUUCUUCGUGUUCUUUUCCAGUGUGUGCGCGUUAAAGCCAGCCCCUUAUGACUUCCGGCUGAGUUAACAGGAUAGAUUCAAAUGUCAAUCUUAUGUUUGAGCUGUUGGCAAAAUGAUAAAACUAUUGUUUGAAUUUAAGUCCAUAAUGUGGCAGAUAACUGGUAACAGUACCUUCAGAUUAAAUGUAUGGCCAAUUUUAUCCGCAUAUGUCGUGUACCUGUCAAACCCACCUGUUAGUGCAACACAGAAAAACCCUUGGCGUUUGGUGUGACAAGUGUUAGGUCUUCAUCAACAUGUAAUUAUUGAAUGUCCUUUAAAUGUAGACUGGCUUGUAUAAAUGUUGACAUGAACUCUUAAGUGUUUCCUGAUCCACCCUGUGCCCUAAAAAAACAAAACAAGUGCGUUUGGCCAUUCAGUGCAGAUGCAGUUUUUAAACUAACCACACGGUGGUGCCACGAAUUCCAUCUGGCCACGUCUUUGUCCCACUGUGUUCCUGGAAGACUUGGUACAAUAGAUGAUGGUGUGUAUUGGCACUGUUGAUCUCCAUCUCAGCUGGUGUUUAUGUUUUUAUUGAUGCAGCUAUAAAAUUAUAGCGUCUCCACUAUUAAAUAGAAGGUUUGUGCACCAAAAAUUACCGAAGGACUUGGGGAAAUCUUU